AUGCCAGAGAAGGAGUACCGACUGCUGGAGCUGCUGGGAGAGGGGUCCUACGGCAAGGUCUACAAGGCUCUGCACCUGGGAUCAGGCAGGAUGGUUGCCGUCAAGAUCCUGAGCGGCUGCGAGGACUUCAACCAGAAGAUCAAGAACGAGCUGGUCAUCAUGAUGGAGUGCAGCUGCGACCACGUGGUCAAGUGUUAUGGCAGCGAGCUCGCGGCGGGCAGUGUGUGGAUCGUCAUGGAGUACUGCGCGGGCGGGUCCGUGCUCGACCUGCUGCGGGCCUACCAGCUCACCUAGUUUGAAAUAGCCACCAUCCUCAAGUCGGUCCUGCUCGGGCUGGAGUACUUGCAUGCGCGCAAGAAGGUGCACAGAGAUGUCAAGGCGGCGAACGUGCUGCUGGAUGACCGCGGGGUGGCGAAGCUGGCGGACUUCGGAGUGGCGGGUUAGCUGCUGAGCACUUACGGAGACCGAGAUACCUUCAUCGGCAGUCCUUUCUGGAUGAGCCCUUAAAUCCUCUCAAAAAGCAAGUACAACUCCAAGACGGACAUCUGGUCGCUGGGGAUCACCGCCAUCGAGAUGGCGGAAGGGCAGGCUCCCUACACCGGCAUGCAUCCUUUCAGGGCUAUGUUCGCCAUCCAGAAAAACCCUCCUAAGGGGCUCUCUCGUCCUGAGUGCUUCAGCGCGGAGUUUAACCGCUUCGUCCGUCGCUGCCUCACCUACAGCCCUGAAGAACGCCCCAGUGCACGGCAGCUGCUGGCAGACCCCUUUUUGCAGCAGUACGCCCGCAGCAGAGUUGACCACGACCUGCUGGUGCGCAAAUAG